GAGAUGAAUAGAACAAUGGUGGUGACUUGUGAGCUUCAUUUCCUUUAAGUAGUAGUGUAAUACUAGUGCUUUUCACUUUUGACAAAUGGGACAGUUUUUGAAAUAUCCUAUAUAAGGGUUCGACAUUAUUCAAUUCUAAUAGGCUUCAUAAUUAAUAGGAAGCAUUAGACAAUAAUGUCAACUCAAUAUAGUCUGCUAGUAUGUGUUCUUCACAUACUUGUAUUUUCGGUUCUGGAGAUCACGGGAACAAAGAAAUUCCCCGCACUUAUCGUGUUCGGAGACUCCACAGUGGAUGCAGGCAACAACAAUCAAAUUCCAACCUUGGCAAAAAGUAACUUCCUACCGUAUGGGCAAGAUUUCGAAGGUGGGAAACCUACUGGAAGGUUUUGCAAUGGUCGGCUAGCCACUGAUUUCCUGGCAGAGAUGUUAGGGAUCAAAGACUCCAUACCUGCAUAUCUGGAUCCAGCAUUUGGUAUUGAAGAUUUUGCCACCGGAGUUACCUUUGCUUCAGCUGCAACUGGUUAUGAUGUUGCUACUUCAAACUUGUUAGCUGUGAUACCUCUAUCUGAAGAAUUAGAAUACUUCAAAGAGUACUUGCAGAAAUUAUCAUCCUUUCUUGGAAAGGAUGGCGCAGUAGAGAGAGCAAGAGAGUCAUUAUACUUUAUAAGCAUUGGAACGAACGAUUUCAUCCUGAAUUACUUCACCGUGCCUGGACGGUCAUCUCACUUUACGGUAGAUGAAUACGAGGAUUUUCUCCUUGGUACUGCGAGAAAUUUCCUUAUUGAGCUUUACAGUUUGGGUGCUAGAAAGAUAGUAUUGACCGGCCUUCCUCCUAGUGGUUACCUACCAGUAGCAAAAACUUUGAAUCACGUUUCUGGAAUACCGAAUUUGGAAGAGCUAAAUGAAGCUAGUAAAGACCUUAAUCUCAAGUUGCAAAAUUUGAUAGCGAAAUUGAGCAAAGAGCUUAAGGGGAUCAAAUUGGUGUACGCUGAUAUCUACAAUCCUACUCUACAUAUCAUUCAUAAUCCGAAUCUAUACGUGUGCAUGCUGUACCAUAAAGGAUUUGAGAACACGGAGGAAGGAUGUUGCGGAACAGAAACAUUUGAGUUUGGAAUUUUAUGCAAAGCCGCAGAUGCGUUAUCUUGCCCCGACCCGAGUAAAUACGUAUUUUGGGAUUCAGUACACCCAAGCGAGAAGGUUUAUAACAUAAUGGCGAAUGUAUUGAUGGAUACCACCAUAUCUCAGUUUCUCAAGUGAAUAGGUAAUAAUGGAGAGGCAGGGAAGCAAAUCUUAAGAAACAUAAGCUAUAACGUACAUCCAUAUAUAUAUACGCAUAAUCAUGUGCGCAAUUACAAACGAUUCUAAGAAAUUGAACAAAACCACAAGAAAACCAAUUUGUAUAUGUGAAAUUAUUUAUGCAUCACAAUUGAACUCUUGGAU